ACAUUUCGCUCCAAUCGUUAGUGCAUCGUUAAACUUCCAAGUGAUCGUCUCGUUGGUCUCUCUAGCAAUAACCAUGGACCGUUGGAAGAAUCGCGUUGCAGUCGUCACGGGGGCAAGCGCAGGCAUUGGAUGGGCCAUAGCACAAGCCCUCCUUAAAUCGGACAUGAUCGUGGUCGGACUGGCUCGACGCGUAGAGAAGAUCGAACAGCAAAAGGCCACACUAGCGGCGAAUCUGGCCUCGCGGUUGCACGCGUACAAAUGUGACGUGAACGACGAACGGGACAUUGUGGCGGCCUUCAAAUGGAUCGAUAGUGAGUUGAAGGGCGCAGAUGUCCUCGUGAACAAUGCUGGCGUAUUGAAGGACACUCUGCUGACCGCCCCGGGAAAUACGGACAAGAUCAAGGAUGUUAUCAACACCAACAUUACGGGACUUAUUCUGUGCGCACGAGAGGCUUAUCAGUCGAUGAAGAGACGGCAAGUGGACGGACACAUCGUCAAUAUGAACAGCGUCGUGGGACAUUCGGUUCCGAUUGGGGUGGACACGCUGAGUACGUACAACGUCUAUCCCGCAACAAAGUACGCUGUAACGGCGAUCACGGAAACGCUACGUAUUGAACUGUUGAACGACAACAGCAAGGUGAAGGUUACCAGCAUCAGCCCCGGAGCGGUCCGUACGGAAAUUUUCAACGAUCCGGACCUGAUAGCCUCGAAUAUUCCAUUCCUGGUGCCGGAGGACAUUGCAAACAGCGUUCUGCACGUGAUUUCUACCCCUAAACAUGUUGAGAUCAAGGAGCUUACAAUCAAACCGCUCGGGGAGAGAUUUUAGAUAGAUUUGUAUGGUUUCAGUGAGAAACGGAAAAUAAAAACUAGUGAAAUAAACUAUAAAAAAA